GAGUAGACAUUAGUGGAGCUAAAAAUGAGUUGUUUCAGCGUGAUGUAGGGUAUGUAGACAUGUGGCCUUUUUUAUGCGCAGGCCUUUUUAAGUUCUUUUUUAAUAUUCAAGAUAUAAUUGCUGAUAAUAUCGAUUUAAAAUACCCACUUUAUUUGGGGAAAAACGAGCCCAAAUAUUUAAACAUGACGGAAUGUCCAAUUAGAAUUCGGAAAAUAUCUAUGUCGAAUUCUAGACUAGCCAAACUGAACGUACACACAGACCUGAAUGCAAUUACAAUUUCAAGUUUUGAAUUCGCAGACGUUUCUUUUAACGAACUAGAAUACGUUUCUCCACACCUCCUUGCACCAUCUGUCAAUAUGAAAUAUCUUAAUUUCUCCACCAAUAAACUAUAUGUUAUGCAAGAAGGUCACACACAUGACUUUGAACGUCUGUUCUGGAAAUCUACGAAAUUAGAAAUAUUAGAUUUAUCACAAAAUGGCAUAUCUUCAAUCCCAAGGUUAAUGUUCAUAAACACAACAUCGCUUGAACAUCUGGAUUUGUCAAUGAACAAGAUGCAAUCCAUCGAAUUUGUUAUCAAACAUCUUAUGCGACUGAAGACUAUGCAUCUUCAAAGGAACUGGUUUUUUAUGAUAGACGAAAACACGCAAUUAGUUUUGGACAAUUGGCAUUAUAGACCAUCGAAUUCAACCGAUGACGGUUUAGUAAUCGAUUGGAGCAAUAAUAAGUUUAUUUGUACUUGCGAUACAGAUGUCCUUAAUUCGAUAAAAUGGAUGGAAACUUUACCAAAGGAACUAUUGGCUGGCGAAAUCAACAAUUACACAUGUGAUCUGAACGGUGAGCACGUUUAUAUCGUCCGAGGUGGUUUACAAGAAACCGAAUCAUAUUGUCGACUACAGAACGCAAAGUUAGCAAUAACAAUAUGCUUGCCAACUGCGGGAAUUAUAAGUGUCGUCAUUGUAAUCGUACAUUUGAUUCGAAAAAAUAUACAGAAACGUAAAAUGAAAAUUGAUUUAGUUCUUGAAAGGUUUAGAUUACAAACAUUUCCAAAGAAAUAUCUCGUUUUUUUCUCGUUCUGUUCCGAAGAUGCUGUUGUUACGACCAACCUAUUUUUCACAGAACUUGAAAAACGUUUGGAAGACAUUGUGCAUACACCCAGAAAUUUGGUUUGUAGCGGGGAUCGUAAUUUCCGCCCUGGUCAACCUAUAGGGGAGGAAAUUAUCCGCUGUAUUGACGAAUCAGCUGUUACUAUUCUUGCCGUCUCCAACUCAUUCUGCAAGAAACAUUGGUGCAAGCGAGAAAUCCAGGAAAUCUACGACCAGGACAAACCUAUUAUCUUACUGAUGCUUGAGCACGUCGAGCCAGAAGCGAUGGGACCUGUUCUUUACAAAAUGUUUGAGCGUUACUCGAGAGCCAAAUGGGUGUUUGAAGAUGGUCAGAUAAAACUCGAACCUGACUGGGCAAUUUUCUGUCGCUCAAUAAUUGACUUGUCUAUGAAAUAUCUUGAUGAAUAGAAUAGAGGAAGAAAAGAUAAUUCAAUAAACCCCUUUUGCAAUGUAAGCGGAUCCCCUUUUCGAAUAUAAGCUGAUAUAUCUGCAGUUAUGUGUGCAGUAUACAUCAUUGCAUGGAUUAUAUAAUGUAUUACAAUGAAAGAAGGCUUAUGUAUGUAUACCUAUUUUAAGUUUCUUUUUGAAAAGAAUUAGCAUUUAGUAGUUCAUGUUAAAAUGGUGUUUUGUUGAUACUUAACCACAUAAAGUUGAGUAAUUGAGCAGUAAUAGAAUGCUCAAAUUUAAAUUAACAUUUAUAUUUUGUAAUGUAAACAAUA